AUGGAUUCCAACGGUACCUUUCCCCGGCCUUACGACGAAUCGUUGAUUCGUGAACUACCCCAGCUCCAGAGUCUCCGCAUCGCGCCUCUCCGCCAGCCCGUCUCACGCCUGCUGAGUGUGCCGUCACCGCUGGAACCCAACGCCAGUCGAGUGCGCGAGGCCACCGCUACCUCCACGCCCACUAGCUCCGCGGCCAUCCUGCAGAACCCCGGCCCCCGGAACAAUGAUUCCGUCGUCACUGCGGCCCCCGCGGACGGCGUGGGCGUGAAUAUCUUGCGGCUGCCGAAGAAGAAGAUCGAUGCCUCCUCCACCUCCUCGGUGGACUCGCUCCUCAGCAGCCUCGAGCCCCCGCCGCCCAAGCCGAUCCUCCCCGCCUUUGUCAACCUCCGUGCUCUCGAACGCUUCCCCUACUCCUCGUUCGACGACGACACCCACCAUGCCCGCAAGCGGCGUCGGGUCGGGAUGCAGGCUGAGACCUUCGCCGAGCAUCUGCAGCUGCCCAUCCCGCAGGCCCAGAAGGAGCAGCGCCCGCCGCCGUUCGGCCCCUUUGCGAUCCUCAACGGUCUGAACGAACCACCUCCCAAUGCCGCCCUUCUCCCACCCAUCGAGGCCGGUUCGAGCCUCACGCAGCUGCUGACCAAACCGUCUCGCGACAGCUCGGUCGGAGAGCCGGCGUCGCUAACUACUUCCUUCGGGGAGGGCCCGACGAGCGAGAGACGCGAGGGCAGGAUUGCCGAUAUUCUCGACUCCCCGAUUGUGGCCAGGGCGACCGUGAGCGACCAGGGCAGUACCACGGAAGUCGGACUGCUCGACGACCCGGCGGCGGUGGCGGAUCGAACGGCUCAGGAGAAGACCUCUGAUGGGGAAUCGGACGACAGGAAAACCUCGUCCGCCGAUGAAGACGAGAAGCCGAUGUCCCCCAAGACCCGCGGCCGUUCUCGGAAGAAUCUCCGCAAAUGGACGGAGGAGGAAACCACCGCUCUGUUACGCGGAGUGGUCAAGUGCGGCAUCGGCAACUGGACGGCGAUUCUGGCUCAGCCCGAGUUGAAGUUCAACAAGCGCAGCGCUUCCAACUUGAAAGAUAGGUUUCGUGUAUGUUGUCCCUGGGCCUACCGGGCUGCCGACCCGAAUGAAGCUACACGGCAGUUGCACGACACCCUGGCCAACGCCCUCUCGCGGGCCGAGACGGAAGGGUCCGACGGCACGGCCGGGAAGAUUCACCUGCCACAUCCCCGGCCUCCCAACUCGGAGUCGCAUCCCGGGGGGAACAGUGUGGUUGUCGGCUUGACUGAGUCGUCCUCAGCUAGCGGCGGCGGCAGCAGCGGUAGCAGCGCCGCGACGAUCAAGGAGUCGACGCCCAAGACCGCCCAUCCUAAGCCGAGCUCCGCGUCCAAAGCAACCCCUACGCUAACCAGCAAGUCCAAAUCCACAUUGGCGUCCCUGGGAAUUCCGGAACCGCACUUCACCAUGAAGUCGCGGCGUCGUUCGCGCCGGCCGUUCACCGUGGUCGAGGACGAGGCUCUGCUGAAAGGGUAUGCGGUGCACGGCUUCCAAUGGACACUAAUCCAGCAGGACACACGGCUCAACCUCGGCCAUCGCCGAGCCACUGAUCUGCGCGACCGGUUCCGGACCAAGUUCCCGCACGCCUACCGUGAGGGCGGCUCUGUCAGCGGCCGCACCCUCCACGACUUAGGGAAGGAGACUUCCGACCCGCCAGCUGACCAGGCCGCCGGCCGUAAUAAGCAGGGCGUGCCGCCCGCCACCAAGCCCCCGGACCCCCGUGCCAACCCCCCCGGCCCAUCCACUCUAGCACCCAUCGACCCUGCUCUCUCCCCGCCGGCCCCGCCGCAGUGUCUUCUAGAAUCCUCAUCUAAUGCAGCCCCCUCCGCCCCCUCCGCCCCCGCCUCCGCCCCGGGUGCAUUCCCGUUCCCUCUGGAUGAGAAUGCCGCCCCGGCUGCUGAGAAUGCCUCGUGGACAGACAAUACCCUGGCUCCGAUGGUGUGGGAUGAGAUCGGAUAG